AUGGCCUCGACGACGUCCGCGCAAUAUCAGAUCCCCAGCACGCGCAUCAUUUCUCCCUCACCUACGCCUUCCGAGAGCAGCGGCAGAGACAGUUAUUUUGGCCCCACCACACGUUCCAAAACCCGCGCGAACCAACGGGUCAAUUCGCCGCAGCCUAUUUCUGAAGAUGCGGACUCCUCAGGCUCUGAGCUGGAGCGGCGCGCUCGAUCACGAAGCAGAGAGUCUGUGCUCGAGAGCAGGAAGAGACGGAUGAGCGGUCUGACCGCGGUCAACCCAAAAUCGGGCAUCCCAUCUGCUGCAGCUUCACGCCGAAAAGGCGAAGCUCCCGCUGCAAAUGGGUCAGUAGUAGCGAACGGUCACCUCUCGCCCUCUGCCGCGAACCGGAAUUACUGGCGCGAAAUAAGCCGAAGUCCAAGUCCUCUGGGACUGAUCCCUAUUCACCAGCGCUGGCGGUCAUUCAUCCACCGCCACGAAAUCCCUCGUAAAGUCCUCCACGUCUCUAUUGGCUUCCUAGCCAUGUACCUCUACGCCUCAGGCACGCGGCAGUCCCGCGUGCACCCCUUCCUCCUCAGCCUCCUGAUACCCAUAGCCGCAACAGACGUGAUAAGACACCGCUACCCGGCGUUCAACCGCUUCUACAUCACCUGUCUCGGCGCGUUGAUGCGCGAGUCCGAGGUCGACGGCUGGAACGGCGUGAUAUGGUACCUCCUCGGCACGUGGAUUGUGAUGCGGUUCUUCCCGAAGGAUAUUGCCGUGGUGUCGAUAAUGCUGCUCAGCUGGUGCGAUACCGCUGCCAGCACAUUUGGGAGGCUCUGGGGCCGGUAUACGUGGCGCGUCAGGAAGGGGAAGAGCGCGGCGGGAACCAUCGCUGCGCUGGUCUGCGGCGUGCUUACCGCUGGGCUGUUUUGGGGUUAUGUGGCGCCGACGUGGCGUACUGCUCUGGGUGUCGACACGGAGCAGCACAGGUUCGCUUUUUGGGGGGUGCUGAGGCUGCCCGAGCAGGCGCGGGAUCUGCUGGGGUGGAGUGAGAGCCAGGCGACUCUUACGGGCAAUGUGGCUCUGGGGGUCAUGAGCUUGUGGGCGGGCUUGGUGGCUGCUGCGAGUGAGGCCGUGGAUCUAUUUGGCUGGGAUGACAAUCUUACUAUUCCGGUGCUUUGUUCCGCGGGCCUAUGGGGCUUUCUUAAGAUCUUUGGGUAG